AUGAGCUACGGCAGGCCUCCCCCGGACGUGGAGGGCAUGACCUCGCUUAAAGUGGAUAAUCUCACAUACCGGACCCUACCGGAGAAUCUACGCCGAGUGUUCGAGAAAUACGGCCGCGUCGGAGAUGUGUACAUCCCCCGGGACCGCUACACGAAGGAGAGCCGUGGCUUCGCCUUCGUUCGCUUCUUCGACAAACGGGACGCGGAAGACGCCAUGGAUGCUAUGGACGGGGCUCUACUGGACGGACGCGAACUCCGGGUGCAGAUGGCCCGCUACGGGAGGCCGCCAGAUCCCAUGUACAGCCGCGGGAGCAGAGGAUCAGCUCCCCGGAGGUACGGAGGAGGCUACGGCCGCAGGAGCAGGAGCCGCUCUGACUCCAGAGGCCGACGCAGACGCAGCCGGUCACACUCACGCAGUCGUUCCCGAUCGCGCCGCUACAGCCGCUCCAGGUCCCGCUCCUACUCUCGCUCCAAGUCCAGUCGACACAAAGUCUUAAUCGCUGUCAGAGAGCUCGCCGGAUCGCAGACAUCGCCAGUAAAACCCUCGCCAGGCGACCAGACUGAAAGGCCCAGAGUUGGUGCAGUUGUAGCAGUAGCAGAUUUGGUGAUUUUUGCAGUUUGGUGGUGA